UUAGUAACCACCAACCUCCAUCACUCUCAUUCUCAGCUUCACUUUUCUAUCUCUUUCUUUUCUGGCUGCUUUUUUCCCCUACUUUUCUAAGGUGUAAGAUUUAGAGUUACAGAUAAUUACAAUUUUCUGUUGAAAAGAAGCAAUGGCUAUGAAACUUUUGUAUGCCAUUUUCUUGUUUGUUAUAUUCCUGCAUUUUUCUCCUGCAGAAAACCAUAAGGUAGCCAAGACCGAAGCUCCAAGUCCAAGCCCACAACCCUCAAGCACUAUGCCUUCGUAUGGCUCUACUCCAGGCAGCCUCCAGCCUCAAGAAUGUGGACCACGAUGUGCAACAAGAUGUUCAAAUACGCAGUACAAAAAACCUUGCUUGUUUUUCUGUAACAAAUGCUGCGCCAAGUGCUUGUGUGUGCCCCCUGGUACCUACGGCAACAAGCAAUUUUGUCCUUGCUACAACAAUUGGAAGACUAAGAGGGGUGGUCCUAAGUGCCCUUAAAUCUUCUUCAUUUAUAUUAGGAAUACGAAAUUACCAUAACCUAAUACGAAUACAACUCGUAUUCCCAAUAUAUAACCUAUAUACAUAUCUAUAUAUUUUAUUUUCUCGACCACUAUUUUGUUAUCCUUUUUCUUUAAUUUGUCCUACUCUCCUCUUUUCUAAUACAAAAUCUUGCUAUUGAUUAUAUAUAUAAUCUCUUAUAUACGGA